AUGUCCCCAGAUUGGAAUCUGGGCGUCUCAUCUCUGCCCAGGCCGAGAUGCAACAGCCAGCGGAGAGGAGAUAGAGAGACAGCGGUGCUUCGAAGGCAAAAAGGUUUUUUGGAGGUUAGAGAUUUGGAGAACUUAAUUGGGUUGUACACCGAAUGGCACUCACGUUUGCUCCCAUAUUAUUCUUUUGAUCAGUUUGUUCAUGAGAUGAGGUCGAACAGGUUGCCGCCACUAGACAAAAAAUUGAGAGAAAGAGUUGCGAGUGGAGGAGACCCGACAAAGUUGCAUGAACCAGCAGUCGAACAAGGCUCUCCAAAUGAUCAACAGGUAUGCUACGAUAAUGGAUUGGCUACUGAGUGGAGCAUGAAUGAUGCUGAGAGAGGAGCAUGA